AUGGAUCGUCCAUGGAGCCAAGAGGUAGAUCGGUUCUGUUACCAAUACCUUCAACUAGAGUCAAAUCUCGACUGGCCUCGAGAUGAAUUCCUCCGGUUGGACGAGGUUCAGGAUGCAAUUUACAAACGCAUCUUCAAGGCCGAGGCGUCCAACGUCGGACCCCCAGACAGAUAUCGGAUCAAAAUUUUGAAGGAACUUGUGUUCCGAAUAGAGUCUGCAAUAGAUGAUUGGGACAGACAUGCCGCCGUGAUGGUCGUCCUGACCAAGGUUCAAAAGGCAGUCUCUGACGAUAUCAUGGCGACAUUAUCAGCAGCUCUGGCCAUUCCCUUGACACCUGGUGCGAUAUCAGCGCAGAGGAAGUGCUAUGUGACAUAUCAUCUGUCCUUGCUUGAGCGCGGGACGCAGUUGAAGACGGCCGCUCCACAUCCGAGCAUUACGCUACUCGAAAACCGAAACCUGAUUGCCGCCGGCGGCACUACGGGCCACAGAACCUGGGAGGCGGCAUUACAGUUGGGACAGUACCUGUGCCAAAAUCCGUCCCUUGUCUCAGGAAAACGCGUGCUGGAAUUGGGUGCUGGCACCGGGUAUCCGUCGGUGCUCUGCGUCAAGCACUUGCAAGCGGCGCACGCCAUUGUUUCGGAUGGAUCCGAAGACGUCAUUGACAGACUGCUGGAUAACUUGUUCCUCAACAGCCUCCAGGACUCGCCGAAAAUCAGCCCCAUGGGUAUCAAAUGGGGACACGCAUUGGUUGGCACGGAGGAGGAGAAAUGGAAUGGCGGCCAACCAGUCGAUGUCGUGCUGGGCGCCGAUAUCACAUAUGAUGCGCGAGCGAUGCCGGCUUUGGCCGCGACUCUUUUCGAUCUCUUCGGCAUGUAUCCCAGUGUCAAGGUAUACAUAUCAGCAACCGAACGAAAUGCAGAGACAUACCAGACGUUUCUAGAGGUGUGCAGGCAAUGUGAGCUAGCUGUAGAGGACCUCCACGUUGAUGUGCCUCCUCGAUCGCAACAGAAUGGCCCGUUUUACGACGACCAGCUGGCAAUACACUUGUGCCGUGUGUCCAAAACUUGA